AUGGAGGAAUUAAGUGGAGGUGCAGAAGAGAAGAGGAUGAAGAUGAAAGUGAUGGUAGCAAUAGACGAUAGUGAUGGAAGCUUGUAUGCUCUUAAAUGGGCACUUGAAAACCUCUUCGAUGUCAUGACUAGUAUGGAAGAGGCAACAAGCUCGGAAAAUGAGGGAAUGGUUUUUCUUGUUCAUGUUGAACCAACUUUCCAAAACUAUGUGCAUGCUAUUGGACCAGCUGGUGCUGCUUUUUAUCCAGCAUCUGUAGUUGUGGAUUCGGUGAAGAAAGCUCAACAAGAAAAAUCUGUAGCUAUUCUUUCGAGGGCUUUGCAAAUGUGCAAGGAUAAGCAGGUAAAAGCAGAAAGUGUAGUUCUAAAUGGAGACCCAAGAGAAAUGAUUUGUCAAGCUGCAGAACAAUUGCAAGUUGAUCUCUUAAUCAUGGGUAGUCGAGGACUUGGCACACUGAAAAGAGCAUUUCUUGGAAGUGUAAGCGACCAUUGUGCACAUCAUGCAAAAGCACCUAUUCUCAUUGUGAAACCACAAGAGGAGCAACAUAAAAACCACUCUUAG